AUGGCUGAGAAAAGGAGGUCGCCGUCUACAAUGAGUUUGAAAGCUCACGCUUUUUCAGUGGAAGCGCUGAUCGGAGCGGAGAAGAAGAGGAAAUUGGACGAUUGCUGCAUGAAUGGUGUUGAGAUAAAAGAUGUAAUAACAAGCCAGCCUGUGAAUGCGUCGGGGAAGGACAGGAACUCAGACGACGAGAGAAACUGUGGCACAGACUACAGCGAAAGAUCGGUUCUGAACGGGGACGAUACACUGGAGUGUCCUUCCCCUCCAAUAGUCACUAAGGCCUAUAUGCCGCCCAAGUGCGGCACCGCUCACGAGGAUAUUCACGCCGAACUACAAGGUGCUGACCUGUGGAAAAGAUUUCACGACAUCGGCACGGAGAUGAUCAUCACCAAGGCGGGAAGACGAAUGUUCCCAGCUAUGCGGGUUAAGAUCACUGGCCUGGAUCCCCAUCAACAGUAUUAUAUCGCCAUGGACAUCAUUCCAGUGGAUAACAAGCGUUACAGAUAUGUGUACCACAGCUCUAAGUGGAUGGUGGCAGGAAAUGCUGAUUCUCCAGUCCCACCUCGGGUCUACAUCCACCCCGACUCUCCGGCCUCGGGAGACACCUGGAUGCGUCAGGUCAUCAGCUUCGAUAAGCUCAAACUGACCAACAACGAGCUGGAUGACCAGGGACACAUCAUUUUGCAUUCGAUGCACAAGUACCAGCCCCGGGUGCACAUCAUUCGGAAGGAGUGUGGAGAGGAGCUGUCCCCCGUCAAACCCAUCCCAAGAGGAGACGGGGUGAAGCACUUCUCUUUCUCAGAGACCGUCUUCACCACCGUGACCGCCUACCAGAACCAGCAGAUCACCAGGCUGAAGAUCGACCGCAAUCCGUUUGCAAAGGGUUUCCGUGAUUCCGGGCGCAACAGAAUGGGUUUAGAGGCGAUUGUGGAAUCCUAUGCAUUUUGGAGGCCCUCUUUGAGGACCCUCAGCUUUGAAGAUAUACCUGGAAUUCAGAAACAAGGUGGUAGAGUACCUUCAACUGCCCACCAGAACCCAGGAAGUGGUGCUCCAGCUCAUCGUCUGCCUGGCUCUUCCUGUUCCUCACCAGCUUUCCAUCUGGCACAAAAUGGCGGCCAACUCUGCAGCCUGAGCCCAGCGGACUUCACAACCUGCAACCGCACGGGCCUGGCUUUUAACAGAUACAGCAGCAGUCUUGCCGAAACCUACAACCGCCUGACCAGCCCGGGCAGUGAAACAUUCGCAACUCAGAGGACACCUUCUUACAUUGGUGUGGCUAACACUGCAAGUGUGAACAUGUCAAUAUCAGGCAAUGAAGGAGAAGCAUUCAACUGCCACCAACCUGGGUUGCCAGUGCCAAUCUCUGGAAUAUCAUCUCCACAGCUACAGUACAUCAUGCCUUCACCAUCAAAUAAUGCUUUCACUGCCAAUCAGACCCACCAGGGUUCCUACAGUACCUUCAGACUGCAUAGCCCAUAUGGCUUAUAUGGAUAUAACUUUUCCACGUCUCCUAGACUGGCCGCCAGCCCUGAGAAAAUAAUUUCUUCCCAAGGAGGUUUUCUGGGUUCGUCUCCCAGUGGUACCAUGACUGAUCGACAGAUCUUGCCCACUGUGGAUGGGGUGCAUAUUCUUAACAGCAGCCAGCAAAACAUGUUUGACACACGGUCUUUAGGGAAUUUAACAGCUUCACCAUCUCAGAUUCCAGCACAUUUAGUCUGA